AUGUCUGCCAGUUCGCUGGACGCGUUCUACGGCCCAGCAAGCACAGCCUUGCUCAAGUCGUCUCCAUGGGCUUUGUUUGACCGGACAUGGACCUCCGUGACGGGGUAUCCUGCUGAUGAAUUCAAGUUCAUCCCCGGAAAGACGCCUAUGGCGACUUUGAAGGAGACCUUGAUCAUGAUCUCCCUCUACUACAUCACCAUCUACACCGGUUGGGAAUUCAUGCGCAAGCGUGAGCCCUUCAAGCUGAACACCUUGUUCAUGAUCCACAACUUCGUCCUGACCGGAGUCAGUGGUGCAUUGUUGGUGCUCUUCCUGGGCCAGCUUCUUCCAUCGCUCUGGAAGCAUGGAGUCUACAACUGCAUCUGCGGUGACCCCGGUUGGACCGACCCGCUGGUUACUCUUUACUACCUCAACUACCUCACCAAAUACGUCGAGCUCCUUGAUACUGUCUUCCUCGUCCUGAAGAAGAAGCCUUUGACCUUCCUACACACCUACCACCAUGGUGCUACCGCCUUCCUCUGCUACACUCAGCUCGUUGGCCACACCCCUGUUUCAUGGGUGCCUAUCACACUCAACCUCACGGUGCACGUUGUCAUGUACUGGUACUACUUCCAGAGUGCCCGGGGCAUUCGUGUCUGGUGGAAGGAGUGGAUCACCCGCCUGCAGAUUGCGCAGUUCGUCCUGGACCUUGGUUUCAUCUACUUCGCUACCUGGGACUACUUUGCCAGUAUCCACCCUGAGAUGAGCCUACCUCACGUCGGCCGGUGCGGCGGAGAACCUUUCGCUGCGGCGACAGGCUGCGUUAUCCUCAGCUCGUACUUGGUUCUGUUCAUCUCUUUCUACAUUGCGACCUACAAGAAAUCCGGUAGCAAGCCCCGCAAAGCCAGGGCCCAGGAAACAGCGUCCGCGACUGCCACUGGACGAGCUGCGGAGACCUUGAAGUCGGCUCGCAGCAGACUUGGAAACGCCAGUAUCGACAUGGUCGAGUCUGGCAGCCGGGGCCAGUGGACGGCGGCCGCAAUCCAGGGGAAGGCCGAGUGAUUGCUCCUAGAAAACCGAUUCCACGAAUUACCCACGCGAGCCCUAUGUGAAGUCAUCGGUGGACCAGCCUGUCGAUCGCUCAUCCGUCUCUAUGGUCCCUGCAGUGUGGGGCGCGGAACGGGCUUGAUAUAUCUUGGUUUUAGCCAAGUCGAUCUAUAUCCACCUCCUUGCGCAGGGCACCCUCGUAUCCGCUUCUCACUGUUAAUAAUCCUUUCAUUAGCCAUCAGGG